GUUUCAAUGUUUUUAUUUUCACCAUUCUUAAAUAUGAAAAAAUCUGAAUCGGCAGGAAAAGAAAGAUUGGAACUUGGAAGUGAAAGUGUAAAACAUUAUUGUUGAAAAAAAAAAAAAAAAUAGUGUAGUCCCACUCCUGGCCAAGUGUAGACUCAGGACAUUUUGCUGCGCUAUAAAGCAAGGAAAGAACACAUGCAAAAACACGUGUCAAAUUGUUCAAGCAAAUAACAGACACGUGUACCAAUAGUGCAUUUACAGUUGACAUGUGUAACGCACAAGUCCCAAGCAAAUCUUACAUAAAACCAACGAUUCCUAUUAACCAAACUCUAUAAAAAUAAACAUCAACAAGAACAAACAAAUCAUUCAAGUUGUUUCUCAAAUUUGUCAAAUUUCACGUCACAAACGCUUACCACAAAUUUAAUUACUAGCUCUUGAUUUUGAUUGAAGAUGGUUGGAAUUGGGAUUCCAAUUUGCGUGCAAUGUGGUACACAUAGCAACCCUUGCCGGUGCAAGGUGGUGGGGCCGACGGUGGGGUUCCUGGCUUUCGCGGCGGCAGCGGUGGUGGAGUGGCCGGUGGGGGCUCUUGUGUAUUGCUUUCGCCACGUGAAGGGUCGCAAAAUCAUGGCUCAUCCUGCCACCGUGGUCUACCCUUCAGUCAACAAGGCCAUCCCCAUCUAAUCUAAUCUAUGUUAUUGUAACAAAUAAUUAAUUCCAUGGUAUUUUCUUAUAAGUUCCAUGUGAAUCAUGUGAUGUAUGGUUUUUUUUAAUCAGAUGUAUGGUUAAUUUCGACCCUGAUGUAUGAUGGUUUAGACUGUGUCAAUCUAUAUUUUGUUCUUCCUUUUCAGUCCUAAAAUUAGUGUGUCUAAUAAUUGCUUUUGAAAGUAUGUGGGGAUCAAAUGGACAUAUGAAGCUGAGGUUCUUGCAAUCCUUAAUAUCCUCCAAUUGUGGACAGCAAUUCUUCAAAUGUGGUUGGAUGGGUUUGAAAUGCAAAGAACAUGCCAUGGAAGCGAGAAGUAUCCUCAGAAGAAUUGGUUUCCUUUGUGAGAUGAUUAAUUGUUCGGAGGAUUAGCAUAUAAAGGAUAUUAUUUCAUAAACAAAUCAGUGUCCGAAAACAUCCACUUCUAAACUCUAGCUUAAAAAAUGUAAGGGUAAUUUUUUUCCAAAA